AUGCCCGCUCUACCCACGCUCCCCAUAACCUUCCCUCGAUCCGCCUCCUCAACGCCAAAUCCUGAGAUCGUUGCCAUCUCUGGAGACAUGGCAACCACAAAGCUCGACGGCGAGCAGAGCCGCGUCGAACCCGCCCAAGCCGUUCAAGGCUCCACCUCUCUCCCAGCAUCUUUGAAAGAUGCCAACACCGACUUCGAGGUCGACGAAGCCCAUCGACCAGCUCAGACAGCAAUUGAGCCAAGUGCUGAAGACGAUGUGUUUGGUGCUCCAAGCUCUGUUACAAUUAAUAAUAAUCAAGCUCACGCCAUCGCGCGUCGAAUUGUCAAUAACUUGCGUGCCCCUGCUGGAUACAAUGGCUUCGUGCCCCGUGCAGACCGCGUCAGCCAAGUCCCAAAUGCCGCGAACGCGCAAGGACUCUAUCCACCAACUGCACUGAUUUUUGUUGCAAAUCUCUCCAAGAAUCGCUCUGAGGACCAACUCGAGUUGGCCUGUCAUCAAACAUUUGAUGACUAUGGCCCCAAUCACGUCAAGAUUCGGCGUGACAGAAACCAGCAUCCGUUUGCUUUCGUUCAGUUUGAGAAAGACGAAGACGCCACUGCAGCUGUUGCAGGCGCAUAUGGUCUUGUUAUGGACGGCAGGAAGAUUCGGAUUGAACAAGCCAAGGCGGAGCGCGCGGUAAUCCUCAGCAAGACUGAUGGCACCAUGGUCACCGAGGCAGAAACUCGUGGGAUUCUUGAACGCUACGGACCCCUCGAGCUCGUUGUACCGACUACCAUGGCCAAUCGACGUCAUGGAGGCUCAGGAGACGGCAUGUAUGUCAAGUUCGCGUUCUACCUCGACUGUCGUGACGCUCUCAAGCUCUUUCAAAAUCACACCUCUGGCUACCAGCUUUUCAUGGCUCCUUCUCUCGAACCACGCUUCCGCGUCGGACCAGAUGGUGGCGCAGUUGUUGGUGGCUUCUCAGCUCCUCGCUCAACCAUUGAUCAGAAGUCCAUUUACGUUGGAAACUUGCCAGAAGGAACAACCCGUGCUCAUGUUGAAGAGCUCUUCGGCGAGUUUGGUGUCAUCGUCCAAGUCAACGUCAUCAAGAAGGUUUAUGACAACGACGCUGUGAACAUCUUCGCAUUCGUCGAAUACACCACUGCUCACGAAGCCGACCGUGCUGCUAGUGCUGAUCGUUACAUGCAUGGCCUCAAACUUCGCGUUGAACAGAAAGAAUACUCUGCGCGUCGUCCUUCCGGCCGUCUCACGGCUCCAAAUUUACGAGUCCAACCGCAGCACAACCGUCCAAGACGCGCAUACGGUGACCAGAACGCAGGCUAUGCAGUCCAUCAGAACAAUAUGAACUACAAUGCCGGUGGUACUCCGGAAGUCUACCACCGCGGCCAUGGUCAAGCCGUUGGUUCUCAUGGCAUGGCACCGCAUCAGAUGACUCCACCUGCCACCAUCCAGUACAACCAUCAAGGAAUUCCACAACCCAUGUAUGCGACUCCACAACACGCAUCUGCGUACGGCUUUGGCACCAUGACUCCUCCAAGUCACUCUGGCAUGACCUACAGCAACAUGAGCCACAUGCUUCCCGCUGGACUCUUCUCUCCUACUCCGACCCACAACAUGGAUCACAACCAAAACCAGAAUGCGUUUGUUGGUCCUGCUAAUGGUCAUCCUUCGCAAAUCUUCCAGUCCCCCCCGGUCUACGUUGGACAUUCCAUCUCGACCAUUCCCGAGACCAAUGAGGAAGGACAAUACUAG